AUGUCUUCUCUAGACACAAACACUUCUAAGAAGGAGCAUAAAAACAAAACUGUUACUCACAAACAAUCUCCAAUUCGUCAGAAAUCGCAAACAGCUACCGUAAAGUCUCCGGAAAGUACGGAAAAUACGGAUAAACAGACAAAAGUGGUCGACAACGUUCGUCCUCGUCGUCAAUUCAUAAAUGAUUCUUCACCGACACAGGCGAAAGUUAAAAAUCUUAGUAAACUUAAAAAAUCGAUGACAGUUGACAAUUCCAAUAUGCAAGUGAAAAAAGCAACAAGUGGAAAAGCUGAUAGUCUGAGUCCACGACGUAAACCUGCCAUUGAUCAUUUAAAUGUGCAAGGAAAACCGACAACACACAAGGCAACUGGAAAUCAUAGUCCAACUCGAAAAUUGGUUAGAGAGAAUUCGAAAUCACGACAAAAACCUCAUUCAGAUGAAAUUCCCACGAAAAAGAAGCAGGUCAACAAAGUCGAACACAUAGAAAAUAUCAAAUCAGUCACCAAAGCUUCCGAAGAGAACAUUCAUGACGGUGACGAUGAACAAGACGACGCAUAG